AUGGCAUCACGUCUUCAAAGCGCCGUCCUGGGCAGGGGCAGGCCCUUGCCGCUUCUGAGGUUUUCCAGAAGUGCGUUCUCUACGCCUCUCUGCCCCUCGUCUGUGCGGUCGUCGGCUCUGCUGGCUCGGCCCUCGCUCGUCCAACGACCGCGGCAGGGGUCAUCGAGCAUCGGAGCAUGCUUCAUUCAUACCUCGUUUUCCGUGAGACAACAACAGCAGCAGCAACGGCAGGAAGACGAUAAGGAGAAGCAACAGCAGCCAACAACGCCGCCGAAUAGCAAACCUGCACUCAGAGAAAGAGCAAAGGCCGUGUCGGAGGACAUUCUCACGAUCCCCAAUGUGCUCACGACCAUGCGGCUGCUGAGCACGCCUCUGCUGGGCUACCUCAUCGUCGUUGAUGAGAUGCGCUACGCACUGAUGCUCCUGGCCGCCUCGGGCUUCACCGAUGUCCUGGACGGCUGGCUCGCCAGGCGCUACAACUCCUCUACGGUCUUUGGCAGCAUCGCCGAUCCCGCGGCCGACAAGGCGCUCAUGACCGUCAUGGUGGGCGCCUUGGCCUGGCGCGGCCUCAUCCCUGUCCCCCUUGUCGUCCUCAUCGUCGGCCGAGACCUGGCCCUGGUCGCCUCGGCCUUUGUGAUCCGCUACCGCACGCUGGAGCCGCCCAAGACGAUGGAGCGGUACUGGGACCCGCGCCUGCCCUCGGCGCAGGUGCAGCCAACGCAGGUCUCAAAGUACAACACUUUUCUCCAGCUCGUCCUCGUCGCCGGAUGCACAGUCAUUGCCGCCCUCGACCACGAGUGGAGCGCCUGGUGGGACGACGCAGAGGGGCUUUGGGGCCAGGGCCAGGGCCGGAUCGAGGGCGAUGAGGGGAGCGAGGGCGUGGAGCAAAGGGGCGAGCUGAGGGCAAAGGACGUGGCAAAGAAGGCAUGGCACGCAUUCAUGGGCGUCGUGGCAGCCACGACUUUGUGGAGUGGUGCCAGCUACUUGAGCGGCUCGGGCGCCGUCAAGCUGUCCAAGCUGGUCAAGAACAAGAGCACUUCGUCGCCAUAG